AUGGCGGAGACAACGGGAGCGACGGCGGCGGCGGCAACGGCGGCGGCGACGACGAUGGCGGGCGAAAAGGAUGGAGCUGCUGGUGUUGCAAAGAACAUGACGACUGGGCAUGCUGCGCCUGCAACGAUCCGACAAAAGCAGGAGGAUGAUCAUGACGAUGGCGAGCGAGACGAGCAGGAUGGGGAUGGUCGCGAGCCGCGCACGGCGGCAGAGUCAUCGGCUGGGGUACCGGCUGCGGCGACAUCAGUUGCUGGUGGAUCUAUGCCCGAGGGCAGCGUUCAUCGCACCCCGCUUUCGGGCAAGCGCAGCAUGAGCUCCUCGGAGAUUCGCGAUCCCACGCAGAACCCUCGCCUGAAGACCCGUUUGUGUACCCAGUUUAUGACCACCGGGAGUUGCCGCUAUGGUGACAAGUGUAUCUUUGCGCAUGGUCCUCACGAGCUACGCGGUGCCAACGCCACCAUGUACAUGACCAUGAUGCAAACGGGAGCUGUAAACCCAAUGGCCAUGGCAGCCAUGAUGAAUAACCCCAAUGGUGAGCCGGCGGCCAAGCGCAAGCCCAUUCUAAACAUGGCUCGCGCCAAGACGCGUCUCUGCAAGCAGGCCCCGAUCAAGACAAGGUGCCCUCCAUUACGAAGCUGCCUCUCUCCCCCUCUCUCGCUCUCUCUUUCGUUUGUGUGUGUUCCUUUCCGUCGUCUCCAAGUCUUCUCUCGGUCCUUCACCACAACCUGCUCCGUCUUCACCGUCUACUCAAUGUCUCCAUCUCCUCCUCGGUUGUCUCACUCGCGUGCCGUCACUUUUUUUUUUCUGUCUCUACGCUCUCUCUCCAUGCCCUCGAACGCUCUUGAUCCGGUUCUUACCCUCUCGACGCGACCCUCUCGACUGCCUCCCAAUUCAUCUCUCUCCUCUUUUCCCGACGCUCACCCCUCUCCUCUCUCUCCUCUCUCUUCGCUGCUCUCCCGCUCUCUUUCUGUCUCUAUGCUACUCUCUACUCUCUACUCUCUACUCCCUACUCUCUACUCUCUGAUCGCUGAUCUCUUCUCUCUACUCUCUACUCCCUACUCCCUACUCUCACCUCUCCCUCCUCUACUCCCUACUCUCUACUCUCUGAUCUCUGAUCUCUACUCUCUACUCUCUACUCUCUGGUCUCUGAUCUCUACUCCCUACUCUCUACUCUCUACUCUCUACUCUCUACUCUCUACUCUCUACUCUCUACUCUCUACUCUCUACUCUCUACUCUCUACUCUCUACUCUCUACUCUCUACUCUCUACUCUCUACUCUCUACUCUCUACUCUCUACUCUCUACUCUCUACUCUCUACUCUCUACUCUCUACUCUCUACUCUCUACUCUCUACUCUCUACUCUCUACUCUCCCUACUCUACUCUCCCUACUCUACUCUCUACUCUCCCUACUCUACUCUCUACUCUCCUCUCCCCCCUCUCCCCUCUCUCCUCUCUCCUCUCUACUCUCUACUCUCUACUCUCUACUCUCUACUCUCCCUACUCUACUCUCCCUACUCUACUCUCUACUCUCCCUACUCUACUCUCUACUCUCCUCUCCCCCCUCUCCCCUCUCUCCUCUCUCCUCUCUCCUCUCUCCUCUCUAUAUGCACUCUCUCCUCUCGGUGGCGGUGGAUGGGGAGGAGGAGGAGGAGGAGGAUAGCAGUGGUGGUGGAGAAGGUAUUUUGAGUGUCAUCCCCAACGCUGCCCCUGUGGUGAUCAAUGCAGCAACCAACGGUAAGCUCACGGCCAUUGACCAACCACAUCACGUGGCCGGUUCCUUCCUGGGGACUGGGACUGGGACCAUGCAUGUUAGCCCGCCUUUUUGCUCAUAUCCGGGCCCGGUUACUGUGUCUAGCUUCCAGCGCCGCUCUUGGUGGCGUCAGCUCAAGCGCAUCCACUUCCCCCUUAAAGGCUUUGGAAUCAUCACCACGGCCGAUAUUCCAGCGGGAACCUUUGUUAUGGAAUACGUGGGCCAAGUUUUGUCCACCGAGCAGUUUGCGGAACGCGUCGCCACCACUUACGAGAAUCGCAAGCAUUUCCACUGCCUUAAUUUAGAUGGUGGACUCGUCAUUGAUGCCGGAAAAGCCGGCUGCGAUGCUCGCUACAUCAAUCAUAGCUGUCAUUGGCGUGUUGGAAUUUUUGCCAAGCGGCCCAUUCGUGCUGGAGAGGAACUCACCUAUGACUACAACUUUGAGUCUUUCAAGGAAGACAUGGCUUGCCACUGUGGUGCUUCCAAUUGCCGUGGUUUCAUCCGACCAAAGGCGCGUGAUGACCGGCUUCGGCGCACAAGUCGUCUGAGCGCAUUGAGACUUGCCAUUGAGGAAGGCACUGAGCCUGCUCAGCUGUGGCGCCCCUUCUUUUGGCACAAAGGCUCGAUGGAGAGCACGAUUGAAGGGCAGCGCAACUUUCUGCAAGCUGAGCGCAUUGAAGCUGAGCGCUUGCAACAGCAGGCUCAGCUCAUGCAAUCGACCUUUCAAGCCCGCUUUGCAGCUUGGCGCCGAAGCUCGCGCGUAAACGACGUGUUGGAUGCUCACCCGGAGUGGCUGAUUGAUCAGCGUGUCGCCGUGGCCACUACCCUGCAUGAUUUUCUCAGCUUACUCAGCUCUCAUCGCAGCAAGACACUGGGCCUCGUUGCCCGGCCCUUAAUGCGCGCGCUCCCACGCUUGGCGCGUGAAAACGGAGUGUUGACUUGGGACGACAUUGCUGAGCGUGUGGACGAUGGCCAAUACAAGAAUAUCGAGGACUGCUUACAGGACUUGCUAGCUUUGUGCGAUGCCUUUUUUCACAAAUUUGCUCGAGGCUCCAAAGAACACCGCUCCAUUCUAGCUGUACGUCAUCUUAUUCUGAAGAAUCGUGGCCGAGUCCUACAAGAUCAAGUCCGCAAUACCAGCGAGGCCAUGGCAGUCGCAGUCCGUUCCAUGCACGGAGAUGCCGUCGAACACGGGGCCGAUGCCAACAGGAAUGUUGAUGACAAGACGGGUGUCAUUGCGAAAACACCGUGGUCUGACCACAUUCGUUGUGUCUGCGAGUCUCUUGUCGAUGAAGGAAACAUGGUUCAAUGCUGCAGCUGUGGGACGUGGCAGCAUGUGGUCUGCAUGGGAACCACAAUGGCGGCGGCUGCUGAGGUGCAAGACUACCGCUGUUGGCUUUGCGCGGGCAUUCCACGCAGCCGUGAAGUACCUCUGGACAGCGAUGUCGAACGUCUGGCUGAUCAAGCGCGACUUGCACCACAAGGGCGUGAUCUACAAGCCCAGUUGAUCGACGCUGAAGCUGAGGCGCGCGCCGUCGAGGCAUCUCGCGAUGCCUUGCAUUCAGAGCUGAGCGAGGCCAAGGCCUCACUGCAGCAACUCACGAAUCGACGCAACAAAACGCGCAGCUUCCUCGGGAUGGUGCGUGCUGCGCUUGAGGCUGAUAUUGCCAUGCUACCACCUAAUCCAGCCAGGUGGUCAGCGGUGGAAGUGGCAGGUCCCGUGUCUACGAGUGAGAGCAGCAGCGUCUCAGACCUGCCUUUGUACGAGCUGGAUGGACUCUCUGAUCUUGACAACAAGAAUUUGGGUGGCGGAAGAGGGGCAGGGCCUCUUUCCACACCGUUAGCCUCUUCCGACAUGGCUUUACCAGUCGCAACAACACCGACAUCAGACUCCAUCGGCACGCUUCAUCCCACGAGACCACCAACUCCUCCCACUCUGAGCGCGGAAGGGAUGCCAAUUCUCGCCGCAGAAAGUGCAUCGAUCAUCUCCAAAGGUGGCCUCACAGAGGCACGCACCCGAAUGCUGUUGGACUUGUUGUUUAGCCUUGAACACAGCGACGAUGCGAAUGCGUUAACCCAAGCGGUGGAUGAGAUGGUUCACCUACGAUCUACCGCAACAGCAACCAAUACCAAGUCUACUGAACUCAUCACGACCCUAUCAUAUCGUCGAAAAGGGCAUGGCAGUGUCACGCUCUCAGAUGUGAUUGACCAUUCGCGACGAUUGCUGGCACAAACCAUGGCCUUGCAGGUUUACGACAACGCUGCCAAACAGCUCAAAGCCAAGCACGCGCAGAUGCGCAGCGCUAGCAGACGCUUGGCAAGUCGAGUGGCGACUCUUGAAGAACAGCUGGAUGAAACUCUGGUGCAUUACCGAACGCUUGAGGUCACAAAUCCUUGGCAUGACGCCAAGCCUGCACUUCUGCGCUUGGGAGAUUGCAUUUAUGUCGUGGCAGAAAAUUCGGAGGCGCUCGAAGAUCACUUGAUGAGCUCCGUGCGCCGUAGUUCGCUCAAACCCACAAAGCAGCGUUCGUGGCCCAAGGGGCAAGGUACUAUUCCCGCCAACCACCCGCAAGCGCGACAGGUUUACGAGGUCAUGCGCAUCGAAAUGCUGUGGCGCGAUGCCAACGGCCAGCCUUGGCUGACAGGCCGUUGCUUCUUCUUUCCUGAGCACUCCAUGCGUGAGCCCCGCCACCAAUUUCAUCCUCAAGAGCUGGCCUUUUCCCCCGAGAUGCGCAGUAUCCCAGCCCACUUGUAUCGUGGCCAUUGCUGCGUGCUGCACCGCGCCCAGUACAUUAGUGGUCGACCGACUCGGUCCGGGCACGAGAGCCAUGUGUACCUUGUAGAUCGCAUCUAUCGGCCUCGACCCAAGCACGACUGGUCAAACUUGGACCGACCAUCAAUGCAGAUUUUGCAAGUGUGUGAGCACCCAGCGGAAUGGCAAGCGUUUCCAAAACCACUUGACGUGCAACGUCACCCCAUUCAGGAUGAGGAGGAGCAACGUGCUGCUUUGCGAGAGCGGACAGCUAUGCAACAAGCCAAGCGUGCGCGUUUGUUGGAAUGCGUAUACAUGUUCAAAACAGAGUCGCAUGACUUGAUCGAGGACGCUUCGUACCUCCUAUCUUCGCGAAGGCGUGAAAAGAAGCGGUUGACUUUUUAG